AUGUCGGCCGCCAUAAAACGAGCCUGCGAUGCUUGUCAUCGUAGGAAGGUCAAGGGCGACGGCAUUAACCCGUGCAGGAACUGUUCGACUGCCCAGCUCUCGUGCACCUACAAUGCGAUUCCCCAGAAGAAGGGCCCCAAGGGCUCCCGCGCCAAGGUUAUCAGCGAACUGAGGGAGACUCAGCGCCAAACCAGCCUAGCCGCCCGCGUCCAGAACCGCGUUGCUGGCCUCACCGCCGGGCCUUCGCAGAACCCACGACCGCUGGUUGAGCAGCAGGCCAUGUUCAUGGAACAGAACCGAGACGUCUACUGCCUGGUCACCGCUCUCUGCGCCUUUGUUAUGCUCCAGCCCGGCAUGACGAUGCCUCCCAGCGACCCCUACAACCUUGACAUGAUGCCCGGCUCGAAUCUCAUCGCCAGCACCUUGCUUCUCGAGGAGGCCAUGCGCGUUCGCAACGGCUACGAGUACCUCGAUAGCCCGACCCUGAACUCCAUCGCCACCAGCUACCUCCUCUUCGCCUGCUAUUACGGCGUCGAGUCUCACAGCAAGGCCUGGUUCUACCUGCGCGAGGCUAGCACCAUGAUGCACAUGCUCGAUAUGCACAAGGAGGAAAGCUAUAUGCAGUGGGAUCCUGUCGAAUCCUCCCGCCGGAGACGCCUGUACUGGCUCGUCUUCUCUACCGAACGAGCCUACGCUCUCCAGCGCCAGCGACCAGUCACCCUCCAGGCGUCCAUCAACCUGCCCACGAUGGCGGACGACCCCUCCGACCCUUUGGCCACCGAGAUCUCGCCCUUCAUCGCGCUGGUCAACUCUUUCCGUCUCUUUGACGAUGCCCUCCUCUCUACCUGGGGCAAGACGGCCGCCAACUUCACCUCGGCUUACACUGCCAACCUGCAGAAGCAGCUCUCCGACAUCAUGCCUAGCUACAUGUGCCAGGACUCCCAGUUCAACGACAUGUCGACGAAUCAGCAAUGGCUCAAGACCACGCACUGGCAACUCUCAAGCCAAGGCGAGGAGAAUGCCAUGGGUUUCCAAUUCCCUGCCGAGGUUGCCAGGGACAUGAUUGUCAACUGGGCUUCGCAGUUCCCCGGCCAGGGUGUUCAGCUCAUUGGCACCGGCAUGGUUGAGAAGCUUUUCGAGAUUGCCAAUGAUACCGCCACGGCCCUGUCGCACAAGCCCAUCUCGCGUGAUCAAUUCACUGUUGGCCCCCGCGAGCGUUUGACGCAAAUUUUGAACAUUGUCGCCGUCCUCAGGAACGGUGAUCAGCGAUUCUUCCCUCUGCUAUUCAACAAGCUCGCCGAGGCCCUCCCUCGCCUCGUGACACCCAUGCUCCAGAACGCGCCCGAGUGUGUCAGCGCCAAUCUGGCCAAUAUCGACAUCUUUGAUGGCUUCGGCAACGCCGGCAUGGCUCAGCCUCCCUCCUCCCAGAUGCACCUGGGCCUUGACACCGAGGAUCUCGACAAGUUUAGCGUUGCCGAUUACGAUCGCAAGUUCUCGUUGGCGUCCAUGAACAAUGGUUCCCCCGACUCCAACAUGGGCAGCAGCGCCUCGGGUGGCAUGUCCAUGGCUCAGAACACCCCGCCCGAAAUGGCCGCUAGCUUUGCCACCUCGCCGCCCAUCAUGUCGCCCGGUGUCGAAUUCCCGCAGAAUGUCAACGACUUUUCUUUCCCCGACAUGAUGCUGCAAAGGAUGAACGGACAGCCGCAGGUUGGUCCACAACAACAGAUGAAUCCGCAGCACAACGGGCACAACGGGAUGCAAGGCUUCAACCCUCAGCAGAUGCAUGCGUCCAUGGGACAGCAGCCGCCACAGCACCACCACCAACAACAAGCGCCGCACGGCAUGGGCCUUCUCAAUUCGCAGGCACCGCCGCACCUCGGCAAUCCACAGCAAAACAUGAUGCAUCAAAAGGCAAAUGUCCCCGGGGCCAUGUCGAUGAUGCACUCCAUGAGCCCGCAAGGGGCGAACCUGGUCUCGCCCGGCAUGGGGAUGGAUCCGCAAAGGGCGAAACCGUUUACCCUAGCCUCACAUCCAGCGCAACAGGGGCCUGGUAUACCGCGGACCGUGGGUGAUUUUCAUGCGUUACAACGCGUGAAUUAUGACGGCUGA